AGGAAACUAAACAACGUCGAUCUGCAUGGGCUAUAUGUCCAGGAAGCGACCAAGUUCGCCGAGGCGAGCAUCACAGUAGCGCGGAGCCACGGUUUUGAGUCGCUUAAGCUUAUCGUUGGUAAGGGCUUACACGCCUCAAACGGUGUUGCGAAGGUGAAGCCCGCGGUUGAGAAGAUGCUGAAAAGCCGCGGACUUGUCGUGACUGAACAGCGAGGCAAUGCGGGCGUACUGAUCGUCCAACUG